AUGUCAGAGUGUAGAAAAAAUUUACUGUUGUUCUUCAAUCGGCCCAAGGAACCCUUUUUCCUGCAGAAGGGCGACGAUGACACGAUUUUCCGUUGCCCGGCGAACUUUUACCCAGAAAAGUUUAAGGGGUGUGUGGACAUUUUGGAUGGAUUUGGUGAAGAUGUACCCAAUGAACGUCCGAGGAAACUAAAGGGCAACAAAAAGAAGAGCAUUGUCGAUGUGCGUGAUAUUGAGAUGCCCAAUCUAUCCUUUUGCUCGCAACUACCAUACAACGAGCACUUCUCUGUGUUCGUGCCCAAACACAGGCAGAUGGCUGGAAAACUGAUUGACAUAUUUAUGAGCAUGCCCGAAUUAGAGGAUUUGCAAGCCCUCUGCGCGUACAGUCAGAUGAGGAUCAAUCCCUACAUGUUCAACUACUGCCUGUCAGUCGCAAUCUUGAACAGGAAAGAUACAAAAGGGCUGGAUAUUCCAUCGUUAGUGGAGACUUUCCCAGAUAAAUUUAUAUGUCCUCAGUCGCUUAAAAAAGCUCGUGAAGUGUCCAACAUUUGCCCUCCUGACAAACGGGAGCUGAUCCAGAUCCCGCAAACCCACACAGCAUCAGAUGCUGAGCCGGAACAGCGUCUCGCUUACUUUCGCGAGGACAUUGGUGUGAACCUUCACCACUGGCACUGGCACCUGGUCUACCCCUUCGAGGGGUCUGCAGCCCUCGUCAACAAAGAUCGGCGUGGGGAACUGUUCUACUACAUGCACCAGCAAAUUAUCGCCAGAUACAACAUCGAGAGGUUCUGCAACGGCCUGAGUCGCACGCGUCCCUACGAGGACUUUAGGAAACCGAUAGAGGAGGGUUACUUCCCGAAGUUGGCUUCAGGAGUCGCCAGCAGGACUUGGCAACCGAGGUUCGCGGGGACCAUCCCAAGUGAUAUCAAUCGUCCCGGAGAUGAUAUUCAGAUAGAUGUCUUCGAUAUGGAAAUUUUCAAGGAGCGUAUUCAACAAGCCAUUGAGAACAUGGCCGUACGCCUGCCCGACAAUAAAUUAAUGGUGUUGGAUGAGGACACUGGGAUAGACGUGCUCGGUAACCUGAUCGAGGCGUCCCAGCUCAGUCCCAACGGUUACUACUACGGCAGUUACCACAACGCUGCACACCUCUUCAUCAGCUACUCCCAUGACCCUGAUUAUAGGUACUUGGAACAUUACGGAGUGAUGGGUGAGCCGGCCACAGCGAUGCGAGACCCCGUGUUUUACCGCCUGCACGCCCACAUCGAUGACCUUUUCCGCAGCUACAAGAAACUGUUGCCGCCCUACCCGAGAACCAAGUUGGAGUUUCCCGGCGUGCGGAUAUCUCACAUACAGAUUGAGGGAAAAGAAAAAAGGGAGGGGGAGGGUGCAGUACUAGUGGGCGUGCUCAACACCCAGUGGGAACAAAGCGUAGUGGACCUCGACCAGGGACUAGAUUUCACCCCGCGUGGCCGAACGCUCACAAGCUUCACGCACCUCACACACGACGACUUCCACUACGUGAUCGAGGUGACUAACAGCAGCGGCGGCGCGGUGCGCGGCUGCGUGCGCGUGUUCCUGGCGCCGCAGCGGGGCCGGCGCGGCGACGCGCUGCUGUUCGAGGAGCAGCGGACCCUCGCGAUAGAACUGGACAAGUUCACGCACUACAUUCCGGUCGGUACCAGCACCAUCCGCCGCUCAAGCAAGGACUCCUCAGUGACUAUCCCCUACGAGCGCACGUUUCGCGCCCAGAGCGCCCGAACCGGAAAACAAGGUUCUAUUGAAGCUGCCGCCUUCGAUUUCUGCGGCUGUGGCUGGCCACACCACAUGCUCAUCCCCAAGGGGACCGCUAAGGGGUACCCCAUGGUGCUCUUCUGCAUGAUUACCAACUGGGACGAGGAUAAGGUGGAUCAAGACCUAGCACCUGGCACCUGCAGCGACGCGGCCUCGUACUGCGGUGUCCGCGACCGGAAGUACCCGGACCGCCGCCCCAUGGGCUUCCCCUUCGACCGGCGCUCGCGCGCCGCCACCUUGCGGGACUUCCUCACUCCCAACAUGGCCGUCUCCGACUGCGUCAUCCGCUUCAAGGACGAAGUUCGUAUUCAUGGGCAGAAGGGCUAAAGUUAUGGCGGAAGAAUCGGUGUUCCCUUUGCAGAGUAUUGUUAAAUAAAAAUAGAUUUU